AUGCGUUUAACACUGGCACCUGUGCUACCAUCUAGUACUAUAGCAGGCGGAUCAGCGGGAGCAGCUGCUGCACGUCUGCCAGAAACCGCCUUAAAAAAUGUUAGUAACAUCGGUGCAUAUAACGGCCUUAGUGCAGUGGCUAGUGUCGCAAAUUCAUUACUGCACGAAGCUGUAACACACUCAACUUCACCGCAUUUAUUAUCCCCUACUCAUACGCCACUACCAUCGGUAGUUUAUGGCAGCGCAGUAAUGGGAGGCAACGUAGGCUCGGUCGGAGUCACUGUAAAUAUCUGCAGUAGCGAUAGCGGUAUAUCGUCUAUAAUAUCAUCGACGCCGUCGUUGACUCAAAUUUCACCUCCACCGGCUUCAAAUAGUAUUUCAUUAACGAUUUUGGCGUCAAAUGUUAUCACCACCUCAAGCAGUAGUAGCAGCAAUAAUAUUAGUAACAAUAAUGCAGGCACGAGCAGCAGCAACAGCUGCACUCCAGGUAGUGGAAGUGGUAGUGGCGGACGUUGCAGCCCUAUAAUAACCAAUAUUACGACUGGCCUAAGCAAUGGCUUGGCCUCGUCAUCGUGCAUUUACAGUGCUGGUUCAGCUGUUAGUUGCGCUAGCCCUUCGCUUCUUUAUGCCGAACGCACUUCUCCGGCUUUAAACAUGAUGGGCAGUGCCAAGACUAAAAUAUUAAGUCCUUUACCGAACUCGCCUAUUGGAGUUUCUUUAUCGUCGUACGUUGUCGGCAGCUCAACUGUAGCCGUGAGCACAGUUUCCCAAACAUCUAGUGGCUCAAACUAUUUGAACACCAUAAAACUACUUGGACCAGCUGCUUCAAUUGAUUUGGGUACUUCGCCUCUAACACAUCGUAAUUAUCCAAGCAUAAAAGGAUUUACAUUUCGCCGCAGUUUUGAUGAUAAAAUUAUUACGGCCACUUCGUCGGCAGCUGCCGCCGUUAGUAGUCAAAGUCAAACAUCGCUAGGUGGUCCUGCCGUAUCGGCCACCUCCUACCUGACACAUUUUCCUGCUAUACCGUCGCACUAUCAUCAUCACCAUCAUCAUCAUUUGCAGCAACCAGUGCCACUUAGUCCUCUCUUUAGCCAUCAUCAUCACUCGCAACAAGCUCAUUUACAUCACGUCCUCCAUCAUCCGGCACAUGCUCUACACCAUCACCAUCUUGGCGGCAGUGGCGGCAGUUUUCAUGCCAAUUUUAUUGGUGGUCUUGCCUCGUCUGCGGUAAAAUACUCUGUCGCCACGGGCGGUGCCGCUCUGUAUGCACCCCUCACGUCUUCACAAUCGACAACAAAAUUAUCGCAUCGUGAUGAUUUUCUGCAACAAAUUGGCUAUUUGCCAACAACACGUAUUUACAGCACCACUCCGUCAAGUCUGGUUGAUGAAGAUAAAGCUCAGCAGGAUUUUCUAUCUUUGUCGCUGUCGCCACCAUUAAAUCGACGUCGUGAUAUGCCUGCGUUGCGUGGUCCAUACGUUAGCUUAUCGGAACCCCGCGGUAGCUCAAGUACCACAGAUGAAAUUUUUACAGAUUCACCGGAUAGUAGCUUGUAUGGAUCAGAUGAGGAACAAGAGGAUGCUGCUCAAUAUUGCCGUGGUGGCUAUCAUCCGGUCGUAAUAGGCGAUAUAUUCGAUAGUCGAUUUCGUGUCGUACGUAAGCUGGGAUGGGGUCACUUUUCCACCGUUUGGUUAUGCAGAGAUCUCAAAGAGGAAAAGUAUGUGGCAUUGAAAGUGGUGAAAAGCGCUCCGCAUUAUAUAGAGACGGCGGCGGAUGAAAUCCGACUAUUGGAAGCUAUAAGAGACGCCGAUCCAUUAGAUGUGAAACGUGAACGUAUUGUACGUUUAUUAAAUCAUUUCACUGUGAGGGGCGUAAAUGGCGUACACACCUGUCUAGUAUUUGAGGCGCUGGGCUGCAGUCUCUAUAAAUUAAUUGUUAAGAAUAAUUAUCAGGGCUUGGCUAUCGCACAAGUGCGCAACAUUAUAAAACAAGUUUUAGAGGGCUUGGAUUAUUUGCAUAGCAAAUGCAGUAUCAUCCAUACGGAUAUCAAACCUGAGAAUAUUCUAUUGGUUAUCGAUAAUGCGGCUGCAAUGAAUCAACAAAUCGACGAUGAGAUCACAAAUCUGCGAAUUAAAGGAGUCGAAUUUCCUGAUUCGUACAUAAGUUCCAUUGAAAAGCAAACUAAAACUCGCGCUAAAUGGCCCAUGCAGAACAUCGAAAUGAAUGCCGCUAAUCCGAAUGCCAGCACUGCGAAUAAUUCGACAUCAUCGACACCAUUGCCAACAACUCUGGGUGCAGCCAGUGGCGGUGAUAAGGAAGACACGUCGUCUUUGGCCUCUAAGUUUUCAAGUUUAUUGGGCGAUAGUGUUGAGAGUAGUACUGGCGGUGGUGGUGGCGGUGUUGGUGGUGGCAUUGGUAGCGGUACCACAACAUCGUCUGGCAACAUUAAUAAUCGUUAUCGCACCGAAAAGAAAAUCACUGCCAAGCUGCCCACUGACACCACUGGUUCAGAUAAAGAACAAACAAAUAAUAAAUUAAAUAACACUGCACUUUCUCAGACACAAUCUUAUACAAACGCCAUACAAGCAUUAAUCAACAAUACGAACGUGAGAGUAAAGAUCGCGGAUUUGGGCAACGCUUGCUAUGAGUAUCAUCACUUUACCGAGGAUAUUCAGACGCGUCAAUAUCGCUCAAUAGAGGUUUUAUUAGGGGCACCAUACAAUUAUACGGCCGAUAUUUGGAGUACGGCAUGUUUGGCCUUUGAAUUGGCUACCGGCGAUUAUCUAUUUGAUCCGCAUGCGGGCGAAUCUUAUUCAAGAGAUGAGGACCAUUUAGCGCAUAUUAUUGAACUGUUGGGCACAAUACCUUCGUCGGUGAUAUUCCGCGGUAAACAUGGACUUAAAUAUUUUACUACUUAUGGAAGUUUGCGUAACAUAACUAAAUUGAAACCGUGGAGCCUAAUAAAUGUGUUAGUUGAAAAAUACGAUUGGGAUCCAAUCGAGGCAAAGAAAUUUUCCGAUUUUUUGCUGCCAAUGUUGGAAUAUAAUCCGGUUAUACGAGCCUCAGCUGCCGAAUGUCUCAGUCACCCUUGGCUGGAACAAGAAGAAUUCGUCUAAAUCUUUUGUUUCAUUUUAACGAAACAUUUUAAAAUUUAUUCACACCAAAAUAAUUAGCUUUUAUUAAAGACAUACAUACAAAAAUAUUCAAACACAUACGUACAUACAUAAAUACAUACAUACUUAUACUUACACACACACACACACACAUACACACACAAGCGCGUGCGCGUGCGCUCGCUCUCCCGUGCGUACUCAUUUAUAGGCAUACUCGUAUUAAAAUAUAUAUGUAGGUUAAUACAACAACACAACACUACAAACUCUUCAAAGUAAAUACGGUAAAAAA